GACGUUGAGAAUGGACCAUCUCCGGGUCGGAGUCCAAUGGACUCGCAGGCGAGUCCAGGACUGGUGCUACAUCCAACAUUCCCUCAGAGCCAGCGUCGGGAGUCAUUUCUUUAUCGGUCUGACAGCGAUUACGAUAUGUCACCCAAAACAAUGUCCCGAAAUUCCUCCGUGACAAGUGAAGUACAUACUGAGGACCUCAUUGUCACUCCUUUUGCUCAGAUCCUGGCGAGUUUGCGUAGUGUGAGGAACAACUUCACUGUUCUGGCUAAUACCCAAGGACCCCCAAAUAAGAGGUCACCAGCAGGACCACAGCCUGCACUGUGCACCCUGUCAGAUGAAACUUACCAGCAACUGGCGAAGGAAACCCUGGAGGAGCUGGAUUGGUGUUUAGACCAACUGGAGACAAUCCAGACCUACCGCUCUGUCAGUGAGAUGGCCUCUAACAAGUUCAAGAGGAUGCUGAACCGGGAAUUGACCCACCUGUCUGAAAUGAGCCGCUCAGGGAACCAGGUCUCUGAGUACAUAUCCAGUACCUUUCUUGACAAGCAGAAUGAAGUGGAGAUCCCACCUCCCACCCAGAAAGACCGAGAGAAGAAGAACAAACAGCCCAUGUGUCAGAUCAGUGGAGUGAGGAAACUGACCCACAGCUCAAGCCUCAACCUGAGUAACUCGAGCAUCCCCAGGUUUGGAGUAAAGACUCAUCAGGAAGAAGCACUAACAAAGGAAUUGGAUGAUUUGAACAUAUGGGGCCUUAACAUUUUCCGAAUUUCUGAGUUCUCGAACAACCGGCCGCUCAGCUGCAUCAUGUACGCUAUUUUCCAGGAGAGAGACUUGAUGAAGACCUUCAGGAUUCCAGUUGACACUUUCCUCACAUACAUAAUGACACUGGAGGAUCAUUACCAUGCUGACGUCGCGUACCACAACAGUUUGCAUGCAGCUGAUGUUACUCAGUCCACACAUGUACUGCUGUCUACCCCAGCCCUCGAUGCCGUCUUUACUGAUCUAGAGACACUCGCUGCACUGUUUGCUGCUGCAAUUCAUGAUGUGGAUCACCCAGGAGUUUCCAAUCAGUUCCUCAUCAACACCAAUUCGGAGCUGGCUCUAAUGUACAAUGACGAAUCUGUCCUGGAGAAUCAUCACCUCGCUGUGGGCUUCAAACUACUUCAGGAGGAAAACUGUGACAUAUUCCAGAAUCUCCCCAAACGACAGCGGCAAAGUCUACGCAAGAUGGUCAUUGACAUGGUUCUGGCAACAGAUAUGUCAAAACACAUGAGUCUCCUCGCAGACCUGAAAACGAUGGUAGAGACAAAGAAAGUGACGAGCUCAGGGGUCCUCCUGCUGGACAACUACACUGACAGGAUUCAGGUGAUGAGGAAUAUGGUUCACUGUGCUGACCUGAGUAAUCCUACCAAACCACUGGAGUUGUACCGGCAGUGGACAGAUCGCAUCCUGGAAGAGUUUUUCCGUCAGGGAGACAAGGAACGAGAGCGCGGUAUGGAGAUCAGCCCAAUGUGUGACAAACACACGGCCUCCGUGGAAAAGACGCAGGUGGGAUUCAUUGACUACAUAGUGCACCCGCUGUGGGAGACAUGGGGUGACCUCGUGCACCCUGAUGCCCAGGAUAUCCUGGACACACUUGAGGACAACAGGUACUGGUACCAGAGUAUGAUCCCACAGAGCCCCUCACCACCACUGGAUGACCCCAGCCAGGGCGAAGAGGUUUGCACUGACAAGUUCCAGUUUGAACUGACACUGGAGGAAGAAGAGGAAUCCGAUCGAUCAGACAAAGAGAGAAACAGCACGGGGGAGGAGGAGACAAGCUGCCACAGCUCCGAAGAGACCAUGUUGUGCACAGCUGAGGCACAGGAAGACAGCAGCACCAAGGAGGGACAAAUAGGCCCCACAGCCAAGGACACAUCUUCGGUAGAGUCAUAAAAGAGGGAGAGCAGCCCUCUGUGCAAAACAGAUGAAAUUUGUCCAUUCUUGGAGACAUACGCAUCACCUGUGAUUGGAAUCCAGGUCUGUGGGUGGAUUCCAACAUCAGAGCGCCCGAAAACUGAGCAAACUCAGUAUGGGAAGGGGACAGGAGAUCAAAGCCAUUCUUUGGUUUGAACCUUUAAUACGAUGAGAGGAAGUCACUUUGAAAGAGUGUGUACCUCAAUCUCCCCCCAGCCCAGCAGCAGUGAAAGAAACAGUCACAACCUGGGUAAACGAGAGACUUCCAACAAGAACCAGGUGGACCCACCUAAGCUCCCUCUCCCCCACAUUGUUUCCAUAACAAGGAAUCUGUUUCUCUGAGUGUGACAGGGUCUGGGAACUGCGUGCCUUUUCUAGAAUUAUCUACAAGCUUUGUCUUUGUAGUUAAGUCAAGCAAUGAUUUGUUUUAUUUUUAAUGUUAUAUUUUACGUACUGUUUCUUAUAAGUUAUUCCGCUAGGUUCUAGAAAGAGCCAGAUCAAUGGAACAUAAGCCGGUGGAUAUGAAGUGAAACUGGUUGCAAACACUAAACUCUGCUCCUCAGUUUGUGAAGUCUUCCUCUAACCUUCUUUUGCACAAUAUGGCAAUAUCUUUGGGACUUUUUAAAAUAAUUUAUGUUGUAGAGAUUCUGUGGUG